CACCAGCCCUCCUCCGCCGGCUUUCAAACUGGAGACGCGCGCCGAGGUGCUGGAGGAGCGUCGGACUACAACUCCCAGCAUGCAACGCUCCGUCAGGCCGCGACGGCGCGGGGCUGUCAGCCACUGCAGGUAUCACACUAAAAGCCUAAACUAUCACAUUUUUAGUACCAGGAGUACUAUUAAUUUGGAGUAUGAAGGAACCUCAUUUUCUAAGUGGAGUGUACCAGAUAUGUGUUCAGUUGGAAAUGAAAGCUCACCCAAUACAAUGUUGCGCUGCAGUACUCCUGGAAUGCACGCUGUGAAACCACUUGUUACAGGCACAGACGAUGAAGAAGAACGCUAUUUGUUUGUGGCCAAUUCUCAUAUUUGCUUUCUGUGGUAUUAUAAAACUAUAAAUCAUUAUGAAAAUUUAACUCAGACUGUCAUUAUAUGGGUGUACGAUCCAGAAAAUGCAAAAACUGAUGAGCUGCUGUGGGAGGCAGAGACACCUUCAUUAAAUUCUCAAGUACUAAGUGAACAAUUGGACAUUUUGGGACAAAUGCCUACAGUGCAUACGGUUAUGAAGAAGAGAAGUUACUCAUCAACAUCAGCAAUGAUCAAUGGGACCUGGGUUGUUAAUGUUCCAAUGACCUCAGAAGACGUCAUCAAACAGAUCAAAAGCAACCCAGUGGCUUUUCAAGACUGCUUUAUAGCAGAUUUCUCCUUCCUGCUGACAUUUCCCAUACUGACCAUACCCGAGCACUCUCACCACCUGCCCAUCACUCUGCCAGCAGGUAGUCCGGUAAUGUGUGCCUGGAUCGCUUGUGUUGUUACAUAUGCUAUUUUGAUAUCUGACCAGGAGACCAUCCAAACAAAUGAUUCUUUUCUCACUUGGACCAGAAUCAGAGUGCCUUCCAAUGUUCUGAGUGAUGCUGAAAGGCACAACGUGACUGACGUGGACUUGUCAAAAGCUGGGAUAUUUUUUGUAAUUAAUAGUAUGCUUUACCUAAAAACUUCUACCUCAUUUAAAAAAGUAGGAAGAAACAAAGGUCUUCCUGAAAGUGGACUUCUUGGCAUUACAACAAGAAAAUGGUGUUGGAUCAAAUCUUUAUUUAAGAAUGAAAGAAGAAAAAGCAUCAUGAUAGCCUGGACAGAAGAUGAAGUUUACCUUGGAUAUUCUUCAUAUAGGUUUUUCAAGAUAAUGACUACUGCAAAACUGAAAACGAUUCUAAAUAUUCCCCCAACAGAUACUCUGAAAAUACAAAAUGCUGAGUACACAGGACACCCUCUGGAAAUUGGCUUGCUGCUGAAUCAUUGUGUCACCUGUACUACCAACAAACUGGUUUACAUAGUGAUUUAUAAUGAAGAUUCAGCAGAGUGGACAUUCCAAGACUUUAAAUUAGAGGUCCCCAUUGACACUGUUUUAUCUCAACGUUUUCUGUAUUCAGCACUGCCAGAAGUAAUUCUGUGGGACAAGAACCAGCUGUACUACAGUUACGAAAACUUCACUGUUACUGGAAUCUUACAAAUAUCCCCAGGACAGAAUAAUCUGUCACUGUUAUCAAAUGGCAGCAAUAUCCAUGACGUCUUUGUAGAUUAUAUGGGGAGCAUUAUUGUAAAGAUGGAAAAUAAUAUAAUGUUUUAUUUCAAGACUUAUGUCAGAGAGGCGAUCAAGCUGCAUUCAUGGAUCAAUAACACAAUAAAAUCAGCAUUUCUUUUUAGUGUAUCUUCUGAACUGUACCUUAUAUAUGUCUUUGACAAUGGCACAGUAAAAUCAGAGGACUAUCCUUUAAAUCUGGAAAUCCGAAGUGCAACUUACAAAGCAAAAGAAAAAUGCCCUUACAUGGCAUUUCAUGAUAAUGUUGGUUCUAUUCUUAACUUUUUAGACAAAGGAGAAAACCUGUCCGUUUGGGCACAAAUAGUCUAUCCAGAAAAUGUUGGGCUAUCUAUUAUUGUGGAUGUCUAUGGCCCAGACAUAUUAAAACAGAAACAAGAGAAUGACUAUGAAGUUGCCUUGGGAUACUGCACUAAAUCUUUGGUAACAGUAUUUUUUCAGAACAUAAAUUAUGAAGGCUCAUCAGAUUAUUUCCAAAAACAAAAAGAUAACAUGGGGCUCCUGCUUAUUCAACUCCGACCCAGUGAGUAUUCAAAAGUAUGUCCAGUACCCCUAAAGGUGUUCCAAAUAGCUGUUGGCUGUGACGUGAAUAAACACAUUUUAGUUAGAGGGUUUAGUAGCAUUACAUGUAGGCACCGUGAUUUUUCUUACAUAAUUGACAAGUCAUAUCUGAGACAACGGCCAUCUAAAAAUUUGAAAGUACUGUAUGACUGGGCAAAAUAUGGCUGCCCACUGAAACUUAAUUUCAAACAGAAGUUUCAACCUGUGCUAGAACUACAUGAUGGCAAUGGCUAUGUUAGAGAUGUCACAGCAAAUUUCAUCAUGUGGGAAAUCCACGGCAGGGAUGACUACAACUAUAAUAACACUAUGAAGCAGAGUGGUUGCUUAAACGAAGCGCAAACCUGGAAGAAAAUGACAAUGCUGUACCAGAACCUUUCACUAGACGAUGUGUGGGGGCCUCAGAACUAUAAGCCCUGCUUUUCUUAUGCUAUUGGGAAACCAGGAGACUUAAACCAGCCAUAUGAGAUCAUGAACCUUACGAAUAACAACUAUGUAUAUUGGCCCAUGGACCAUUCCGGAAUGUAUGUGUUUCGUGUGAAGAUCCUGGAUCCAAACUAUAGUUUCUGUAACCUAACAGCUACAUUUUCGAUUGAGACCUAUGGAGUAAUUCCCAGACCAAGUGUCUACCUGGUUGCCGCUUUUCUCUUUACCCUGAUGACGCUGGUCUUCAGCCUCCUAGUUCUGAGCUACCUCUGGUACAUGAAGAUCUAUAGACAAUUUAUUUUUGAACCCCUCAGCAGACCUCAGAGUAAAGAAAAGAAAAGCUAGAAACAUCAAAACUUUCCCUUGGAAAUGCAUCUAUAUGUAGAAAGAAUGCAUAUAGAGAGCGUUACAUGGAGAAUGUGUGUUGGACGGAGAAUUGCUAAAUGUAAGCUCAUAG